AUGACCGCCUCAAGAACAGACCUCCUCGCCUGGCUCAACGAGCUGCUCCAGAUCAACUACACCAAGAUCGAGCAAUGUGGAAGCGGAGGUGCCUACUGCCAGAUCAUGGACUCCAUCUAUGGCGAUGUGCCAAUGAACCGAGUAAAGAUGAACGCCAAACACGAAUACGAGUUCCUCGUCAACUACAAAGUCCUCCAAACCUUCUUCAAAAACAAGAAGAUCGACAAACCCAUCCCAGUAGAGAAGCUCACCAAAUGUAAAAUGCAGGACAACCUUGAAUUCCUACAAUGGAUGAAACGUUUCUGGGACGCCAACUACGGAGGCCAAGGCUACGACGCCGUCGCACGCCGCAAGGGCGUCCCGCUCGAACCACCAGCCACCGUGGCCCCAGUCCCGACCUCCCGCAGCACAGGCGCAGGCCUCGCCGCAGGAGGAGCCCGCGCAGGCGGCAGGACCCCACUCGGAGGCUUCAGAUCAGGCUCAGCCCAGUCCCAAGAGACCAUCGUCCACCUCCAGAACCAAGUCUCAGAACUCACAGGACAACUAGAGGGCCUCGAGAAGGAACGCGACUUUUAUUUCGAAAAGUUGCGUGAGAUCGAGAUCCUCGUCCAGGAGCAACUUGAUCUGCCCAAGGAGGAGCAGGGAGACCAAGAAGUGUUUACGAGGAUCCAAAAGAUCCUCUACUCCACCGAGGACGGCUUCGAAGUCCCCGAUCCCCAAGCCGCAGUCGACGAGGAAGAAACCUUCUAA